AACCUACUUUUAUGGCAACAGAUAGCAAUGAAUAUAUUUCCCCCAAACUGAUUCGAACCCUAAACCUAAUUGUUUCCAUACAAACGCGCUCGUAUGCAAAUCCCAAUUCCCCCGCCAAUAGAAACCGCAUGGACGCCGUAGUCAACUCAGCACUAGAAGAGAUAUGCUGCGGAGCAGCUGAGGGGCUCAAUCUCAGCGACCUAUGGGUGAAAAUCGGUCCAACUCUCGCUGCCCGCGGCCUCCCCAUCUGCCCGAACUUGAAGCGGGCAGUGUGGGAGAAUCUGGCUGAGAUACCGGAGCUGAAUCUUGUGGCGAGCAACGGCGCCUCGUCCAAGCUCGCUGAGGCCCUACUCAAUUAUACAGCUGAAGAGUGCGAGCAGAUGGAUGUCAAAAUUGUGGCUCCUGAAGCGAUGAGGAGAAGUUUUAUCGGACUCUACGAUGUUGGAACGUCGGAAUCGUCUUUGGCUGACAUUCAGCGCUUCAUUCUCGAACGCCUCGCUGUUGCCCGGAACAAUGGGAUUGCUCAGAAUGAUCUUACCAAGGAAUUACAAAUUCCUGCUAACAACUUAUGCUACCAAUUUAAGACACUUGAAACCAAAGGAUUGAUAGUAAAGCAGCCAACUGUUAUUAGGAAGAAUGGUAGCAUUGUGUCCACGAAUAUGCUAUAUCUUGCUCGUUAUGCAAGGCAUUUCGGUUCUCAGCAGAGGCUUGAAAUCACUAGGACAGAUCAGAUGUUGAUGGGUGGGGAGGGUGCAGACGGUCAUAAUAACGGAAUUCUGGCCGAGAGUGUAUCUGUCAAAGAUUUCAUACCAGCACUGAAAGCCAUCUGCGACAAACUUGAAAAAGCUGAGGGCAAGGUUCUGGUUGUCUCAGAUAUAAAAAAAGACCUUGGUUAUCGGGGGCCUCAUGGUCACAGAAGUUGGAGAAAUAUAUGUCAGAGGUUGAAAGAUACUCGAGUGGUAGAAGAGUGUCGUACAAUAAUCAAGAAUAAGGAGGUUGAUUGUUUACGUCUACUUCAAAGUUUCUCAACAUCACUUUUUGAGCCAAGACCUCAUGGGCGUGGAUCUGAUGAUAUGGACAUAGAAGAAUCACAAAUUUUGUCAAAGAGAGGACUAGUUACUGAAGAAGUUGUAGAGCUUCCCAUCUUGCGUCAGGUGUAUGACAUGAUUGAUGCUGCAGGGUCAAAAGGAUUAACCACUACAGAAGUAUGUAAAAGGCUUGGACUAUGCUGUAAGGAGUACCACAAGCGAUAUUUUAAACUGUUGAUGUCUAUAUUUGGUGUUCAUUCUUUAAAGGAAAGCCACAAAAAAGGCGAGGUCUUCCGACUUUGGACAUCUUGUAACUUCAAACCAGAAGCAUCCAACAUGACACCCAUUGAAGGAGAAACAGUUCGUCAGGGAGUUAUUGAAUCUAAAUCACCACCUGUGAACCAGUACCUUCUUAAGGAUUCAUCUCAGCCUGUGAAGAUGCUAGAUACUUCUAUGUAUGUAGGGAAUAACAAUGGAGAUAAUGAAAGUGUGAAUGAUGCAGCUGGCAAAACUGAAGCUUCUAACUGUAUGACUGUGGAUGAAUGUUCUACUGGUCCGCUUGUUUUAUGCAAUACACAGAGUUCUGAUGUGGAGCAAUGCACUGGGGUACUUGCCGAGGAACCAUUGCAGGGAAGUAUGCCAGUACCUAACUUUAAUGUGCCAGACACACACCAUCUUGCUCUUGUAAAUUCUCCAAAGCGUCGAUCACAUCCAAGGUCUUCCAGUCUUGCAUUUCAUGCAUCCAGCUCACGGAAGGAGCAGCAUAUACUCAAGAUUUUGGAGGAGGAGAAAAUCCUAUUAAAACCUGAGCUCCACAGGCAUCUUGAGAGUCUAGAGACGGAAAAGAACACAGUGAUGGAUAGGAAGACCUUGGAACGUAUUCUUAAUAAAAUUCAGAAAGAAGGAAAUUGUAAAUGCAUCCAUGUGAGUGUCCCAGGCGUGACAAAUUGUGGUCGCAGCAGGACAACAGAAGUUGUCCUCCAUCCUUCAGUUUAUAAUGUCUCAUCUGAAUUAUUGACUCAAAUCCAUGAUAAGAUGAGGUGUUUUGACAUCCAACUGCGGAAGGAAGCAUAUAUGCUGCAGAAGAAAAGCAAAUCAGUUCCUAUAUUAGACAAUGUGCAGAGAAUCCCCUGUAGCGUGCAGGGCCAACCAGAGCAUGCAGGAUUGAUGCGUGCUAAUGGAUUUGUGCUGGCAAAAAUGGUCAGGACAAGGCUUCUUCACACCUUUCUUUGGGGUUCGGUCUGCAGUUCCCCUGGUUGGGAUCAAGCUUUAUUCUUUAGUGACCAUUCUCGUGAUUUAGAAAAUCCACACAGCUCUUGUAAGUUAUUUGAGUUAAAUCUAUCAAUUAGGUCAAUGCCACUUGAACUGUUUUUACAAGUAGUUGGAUCUACUGAAAAGUUGGAUGUGCUCGAGGAGUGUAAAAGAGGCUUGUUACUUCGUGAUCUUCCUAUGGAAAAACAAAAUUGCCUGAUAGAUACUCGAGCAUCUAAUCGCUUGUCGUAUCUAGUCGACAUACUACGGCGUUUGAAGCUCAUUCGUCUAAUGAGCAAGGGGAAUGCAGAAGAUGGAUCCAGCAGCCUCCACACUACUCUUACUUAUGCAUUGGAAUUUAAGCCUUACCUUGAGGAACCAACAUCAACUGUUUCAUCAUCUGGCCAUUUAGCUGAUCUGCGCCCUCAAAUCAGACAUGAUUUUGUCCUUUCGAGCAAAAAAGCUGUUGAUGAAUACUGGGGUACUCUGGAGUAUUGUUAUGCUGCAGCUAAAUCAAAGGCCGCAUUACUCGCAUUUCCAGGAUCUGCAGUUAGUCAGAUAUUUCAUCCAAAAUCAUGGGCAUCUGCCCGGGUCAUGACAGCUGCCCAGCGAGCAGAACUUCUGAAGCGCAUAGCUCAAGAUGGCUCAAAGAAGAAGCUUUCAUUCAAAGACUGUGAGAAGAUUGCUGAAGAUCUCAAUUUGACACUGCAGCAGGUGCUCCGUUUCUAUGAUGACAAGAGGCGGCAGUAUGCUGCUAGACCUACGAGUUCUGUGGAUGCUGAAGGUGAAGAGCUUCAGGCAGUCAACAGAAAACGUACACGGAAGAGGAGGCGUUCAUCAGACAGAAUUUCCUCAAAGCUUGCAAAUGAACAUUCAGGUCUGGAGGCAGCUAAUUCUUUGUUAGAUCCAGAUAAUCAGCCUACUGUAGAACAAGGUGCUUCGACUGCUACUAUGAAAGAUGAUGAUGACCUGUCUCAGAGAAAUUCUGAAAGGUUGAGUGAAGAAGAUAAGGGGGUCUAUUCUUUCAAGCGAGCACUAUCACGGUUGAACCCAGCGCGACAGAAAAAGUUUUUUUGGUCAGAGGAGGCUGAGAGGCAAUUAGUGAUUGCAUAUGCUAGACACCGAGCUGCUCGGGGGGUAAAAUUUCACCGUACAGAAUGGGUGUCAAUUUCAAAUCUCCCAGCACCUCCUGAUGCGUGCAAAAGAAGAAUGGCGUUGUUAAAUAGUUUUAUCCCUUUCAGAGAGGCUGUUAUGAAACUAUGCACUAUUCUUUCAGACCAAUAUGCAAAGUACAUUGAGAAGUUCCAGGACAAGAUGUCGAUUAAUGCAGAUUCUGAAGAGAUGAUUCGUGGUCCUGCCUCUGAAGAAGCUGGCAUGCUUGAGAAAUGGGCUAAUUUUGAUGAGGAUAUUAUUAAGGUUGCAUUGGAUGAUGUCUUAAGAUGCAAAAGAUUAGCUAAGCUGAAUGCUGCUCGAGAAACGUUCCCGGAGCAGGAAAUAAGCGUGCAUGAUGACAUCGAAGAUUGUGGUCAGAGUGGUCAAUUAUCAAGCACCGAGCAACGUCUUAGAAAAAAAUUGCAUAUAAAUACGGGUGCAACAAUUUUGAGACAGAUACAUGAAUCAGUUGCUGUUGCAAAUGCUGUGGAGCUAUUUAAGCUCAUCUUUCUAAGCAAAUCAAAAGCUCCAGAAGCACCAACUUUGCUGGCCGAAACACUACGUCGUUAUUCUGAGCAUGACCUCUGUGCUGCUUUUAAUUACUUGAGAGAGAAGAAAAUUAUGAUUGGAGGUGGCAGUGGUCAAUUUGAAUUAUCACAGACCUUCUUGCAUAGUAUCACUUCAACUGAAUUUCCCGCUGAUACUGGAAGCAGAGCUGCUAAGCUUGCUCUCUGGCUUCAUGAGAGAGAAAAUGAUUUAGUCGAAGAGGGCAUUGAAGCUCCAUCAGAUCUCCAGUGUGGUGAAGUAUUCUCUUUAUGUGCACUACUAUCUUCAGGUGAACUGUCAAUUACCCUAUUGCUACCCAAUGAAGGUGUAGGAGAGACAGAAGAUAAUAGACCUUCUAAACGUAAAAGUGAUACCGCAGAGCCUGAUGGUGGAUCACCACAAAAAUUAAGAAAAACAUUUGCUGGGGACAGUGAGAUGAGUUCUCGGAGAGAAAAAGGCUUUGCCAGCAUAAAGUUAUGCUUGAAACGUGAAACAAUUCCAAGAAUAAUGGCCAUCGACUCGCUCGGAAAGGUGAACAUGUAUCCAGCCCCAUUUCUUGGUGGAAAAGAUCAAAGCAAUAUUUCGUCUGCUUUGGAUGACAUUGCUGAUCAUGCAAGUGAUAUUAUUGAUACUGGGACGAUAGAUCAUCCCACUUUCCAGCUUAGUGAAUCUCAAUGGGAAGCUAUGACGGACUAUGCCAAGCAUCUAUUUUCUUCAUGUUCUUAUGAAGUAAAUAGUCUGUUGCUUCAACCCGACUUAUUCAAAACACUCUAUUCAGCCAUUCAGAAGUCUGGUGACAACGGUUUGAGAAUGAAAGAGAUCCAAAAAUUUCUGAACGUUAAGGAAGAGAAAAUAUUGGAAGUUAUAAUCGAUGUGCUUGAAGCAUUUGGGCGAGCGUUAAAGGUCAAUGCUUACAAUUCAGUUCACGUGGUUGAUUCUCUAUAUCGAUCAAAAUAUUUCUUGACCAGUAUAGAUGAUCGUGUUGCUCAUCAUCUCAAAUCGCAAAGGAAAACCAAGGACGGUUUGCCUUCACCUCUUAAUCUUGAUAAUCAAAGGGAGAAUUUGGCUGCCUCGGAGGAUAAGAUCAACACAAAUGACAUUGAAGGACACAGAGUCACAAUUUUAAAUUGUCCCAUAGACGUCACAGAUCCUCCUGAAGCUGCUUCAACCAAAGUUACCAGAGUAGAAAAUCUUGAAUGCUGUAGUACUCAUUCAAAUAGGAUAUGUAGACCCCUGUUGCCAUGGAUGAAUGGAGAUGGUACUAUAAACGAGCUUAUAUACAACAGGCUUCUUCGCCGUGUUCUUGGUAUUGUUGUGCUAAAUCCAGGGAUAUUAGAGGAUGAAAUUAUAAAUCGGAUGCAAGGUCUAAAUCCUCAGAGCUGCAGGCAGCUGCUACAGAUGAUGAUUCUGAAUAACCACAUAACUACCCGAAAAAUGCAGCAGAUGACAUCUUCUCAGCCUCCCUCCAUUUUGGCAAAUCUUCUUGGUGAUAAAUGCAAAAAGUCUAAGCUGGUAUGUCGAGUCCAUUUCUUUGCGAAUCCCUCGACAACAACCUUUUUGUAGAGCAGCCAGGGCGAACACCAUGUGAACCGGGUGAAGGUCGAAACAAUGGACAUAUGUCGAACCCUCUUGUAUAAUUAGGAAAAUCUGGAACACUUUUCUUGUAUAGUUAGAAUCAUGUAUUUAAAGUCUCUUGAGUGAUGUUUUGGGUUCAACUUCAAAUAAAAUAUUUUGGCCUUAUUUA